AUGGCAGUAGAAGGCAUUAUGGCAUUUUCAGAAUCGCUUCUAAACUGGAUUUUAUUAACGGACUCCUGGUCGAAUUAUGUUUGGUUUGCGACAUUUGUUCUGGUCGUUGCACUGAUCCGUUUUCUGGAUGUACUGAGUUAUCCGGAAAAGCCUAAAGUAACCUAUAUGCAGAAAACAACGCUUGGCAAGAAUCAUAUAUUUAUUGGUGACAUGUUAGAUCGAUGUCCCAUUCUGAACGAAGUUUACUCACCGCCGUUACUGUGGGGUCGAAGUGGUCAUCUGCAAACGGCAUCAUACGGAUUAUUUGGGCACGCAUCACUCAUCCGAACCUAUGACUCUCGGCAUGUUGUGAAGUUAAGUGAUGGCGCAUCAGUCGUAUUCGAUGUUUUCGAACCUGUUAAGCUACAUCAUUCCAAAAAAAACCUAACACUAGCUCUAUGUCCCGGUAUUGCGAAUACGAGUGAAUCAAAUUACAUCCGUACUUGUGUUCAUUACGCUCAGGAAAAUGGAUUUCGUUGUGCAGUAUUAAAUCAUCUCGGUGCGCUAAAGCACCUCCCGCUCACAUCAAAUCGUAUAUUUUCCUACGGUGGUACUGAGGAAAUGGAAGAGAUGAUGGCACGUUUGCAUGAUUUAUAUCCAUCCACUCGUUUCUUUUGCAUUGGUUUCAGUAUGGGUGGGAAUAUAAUCACACGCAUGAUAGCUAAAUUGUCAUCUAAUGAUUCGCAGCAUCGAAUUGUUGCUGGGCUUUCGGUUGCGCAGGGAUAUUGUGCUGCAUCGUCACUUUCGCUGUAUCAUAGUUGGGAAAAUGGUCGUCGGGCAUAUAACUACUUGAUAACGGAAAAUAUGAAGCGCCUUCUAAGGAGAAACUACGAUAUGGCAGUGGCACCGCACGUCAAAACAGGUUUAAUAGAUGAACAGCACUUGUGGGCAGCAACAUCAAUAAUGACAUUAGAUGACUCAUACACUCGGCGUAUAUUGGGUUACGAAAAUGUUGAAGAAUUUUAUCGGGAUAUCAGUUCCUUAUCAGUAAUUCCGAAGAUUAAAAUACCGAUGGUUUUCAUGAAUGCUUUGGAUGAUCCGCUGAUACCGCCUUGUCUCUGGCAUCCUGUUCAAGAAUUGGCUGCAACAAAUGAACAUUUUGGCUUCGUUCUCACAAAACAUGGUGGACAUCUUGGCUUCCUGGAAGGUCAUGGUAUUACUCCAAACUCUGUCACUUGGCUGGAUCGUUUUAUUGUUGAACUUGCCAAUUCGGUUGUUGUAGCAUAUGAUAGUGAAUGA